CUCAGAUGUCAAGAAGAUCCUUGAGCGACACAACAUGAUUGCCUGCGCGGCCAUGACGCUCGUCGCUACAGGCUGCACCCUCAUCUUUGCAGCUACUCGCAGCGUCGGCAUGAUGUCCAUUCUCCGCUUUCCCUUGGUCAGUCACGUUGCUGCUGUGUCUUUUCUUGGAUCUGUGCUUAAACAUAGUUGCACGCUUGCUUGUCAACAGCCUCAGGUCAACAGUGAGUGUCAGCAAAGAUUAGGGGUGCUCAAGCGGUCAUUAAUUUAGCACGAUGCUGACCUUGUUUCCUUUGCAGUCUUGUGCAUGCUAGCAACGCUUCUGUCCCGCCAGACGGUCCGAAAGGAGGUGCCUCGGACAGUGCGCAAGAGGGGCAGACGCAUGUUCUCUUUGCGCAGGGCCUCUCGAGUGCUGUCAACCGGAGCAGCUGGGUGCGACAACAAGCAGGGACCACACCAGGAGCCCCAAGAAGACAGCGCAGCGACUGGGGACAACAGACCUCCUACUUCUUCGAUUAACAACGAAGAAGCCAGCGACCCGCUCUCCAUCCAUCCCGAGCAACAGCUCCAGCACCGACACGGUCACCAGCACGGUGACGGUGCCGAACCCGAUGGUAUCUCUGAACCUAAGUCUAAGCCUAAGCCUAAGCCCGAUCGCGAGCCGGAGCGCGAGCAAAACCACGACCAGGACCAAGAGCCCAGGCAGUCGUCUGCCGACCGUAGCCUGUACCACAGGUCUUCGAUCAUCGGUUCUUGAUUCACAAAGAGAGAGAGGCGCGGCACAAAGCAGCAGUAGUAGCUG